AUGGCUGCCGUUUACAAGACAGUAUCCAAGAAGAAGGCUCGUCAGGAGGUUGAAGACUCAGACGAGGGUUCUGAUGUCUCCAUGAACGAGUUCCUUGAAGACGCCGACGAUACUACCGACAGCGAAGAUGAGCAAGACGACGUGGAGGACCGAAUUGCUGAGGCCAGGAAGCAGCUUGCGGCCGGACUCAUGCCCAAGACCCGAGUUCUUAUUCUGACGUCUCGAGGUGUCUCCCACCGCCACCGACACUUGAUGGCCGAUCUCUGCGCACUCCUCCCCCAUACCCACAAAGAGACCAAGCUUGACACCAAGAAGAAGACUGCUGGAUACAACCUUUUGCUGAACUCUCUCGCCGACCUGCACUCAUGCAACAUGAUUUUCUUCCUCGAAGCCCGCAAGAACGGUCAAGACCUAUACCUUUGGUUGUCGCGUCCCCCUAAUGGCCCCACAAUUAAGUUCCACUUGAACAACUUGCAUACGAUGGGUGAGCUUGGUGCUGGCUUUGCGGGAAAUUGUCUGAAGGGUGGACGUGGCAUUGUCGUCUUCGACCGAUCAUUCGACGAGCAAGGUCCCGACAUGAGCGCCCCUGGCGCUGAAUACCGUGGUCUGAUUCGCGAGAUGCUGCGCGGUAUUUUUUGCGUCCCUAAGCGUGGCGUCAAGGGUAUGAAGCCGUUUGUUGACCGAAUCAUCGGCAUAUUCGGAGUGGAUGGCAAAAUUUGGGUUCGCGUGUACGAGAUCCGUGAGUCCGAGGCUGGCAAGAAGAAGGAGGGUGAGGAGACGGCCAAGCCUGCGCUGAAGGGCAAGGACGGCCAGCCUGAGGUCUCUCUGGUUGAGAUCGGUCCCCGCUUCGUCUUGACCCCUAUCGUUAUUUUGGAGGGCAGCUUCGGCGGUCCGGUCAUCUACGAGAACAAGCAAUACGUCAGCCCCAACCAAGUCCGUCGUGAGGCUCGCUUGGGCAAGGCUGGUCGUUAUGCCCAGCGUCGGGAAGUGCAGACCGACCGCGUGUUCAAGCGCGCCGAUCUGGGUCUCUCUGACAACUCAUCGCGCAAGCCCGAUGCGCUGGAGACGAGAAACCUGUUCGGUUAA